AUCCCGAGCUAGGGUUUUAUCCCACACACGGGCCAGCCCAUAUAAGUAGUCCCGUCCCCAACCCGUCGCGACCUCUCCCGCCGCCACCACCCGUGCCUUCUCUUCCCCUCCGCUCUCUCGCGCACGGGGCUCGCGUCCGAAACCCUAACCUCCCACCAUGGCGGCUGAAGGCGGUGGCGUCCGGGCGCUGUCCCAGCGCGAGCAGGACAUCCAGAUGAUGCUCGCCGCCGACGUCCACCUCGGCACCAAGAACUGCGAUUUCCAGAUGGAGCGCUACGUCUACAAGCGCCGCACUGACGGUAUUUACAUUAUCAACCUUGGCAAGACCUGGGAGAAGCUUCAGAUGGCCGCAAGGGUCAUUGUUGCGAUUGAAAACCCCCAGGACAUCAUUGUGCAAUCUGCUAGGCCCUAUGGACAGAGGGCUGUUCUCAAGUUUGCCCAGUACACUGGUGCUAACGCCAUUGCUGGUAGGCACACUCCUGGUACAUUCACCAACCAGAUGCAAACUUCGUUCAGUGAGCCACGCCUUCUUAUCUUGACUGACCCCAGGACUGAUCACCAGCCUAUUAAGGAGUCUGCACUUGGAAACAUUCCCACCAUUGCCUUCUGCGACACUGACUCUCCGAUGCGUUACGUUGAUAUUGGCAUUCCUGCUAACAACAAGGGGAAGCAGAGCAUUGGUUGCCUAUUUUGGCUUCUCGCCAGAAUGGUUCUGCAGAUGCGUGGUACCAUUCUCCCAGGACACAAGUGGGAAAUCAUGGUUGAUCUGUUCUUCUACAGGGACCCAGAGGAAGCUAAGGAGCUUGAGGAAGAUGAGGCUUUGGGUGCCCCUGAGUACGCUGCAGUUGCAGAGUACACUGCCCCAGCAGGAGAUACCUGGGGUGCUGAAUGGCCAGGAGCUGCAGCUCCAGCUGCUGCUGUCGAAGCCCCGGCUGGGGCUGAGUGGACUGGUGCUCCAGCUCCUGCAGCCGAUGGAUGGGAUGCAGUUCCUGCACCUGCACCUACUGGCUGGGAACAGGGCAGCGCUCCAGCACCCGCAGCAGCACCAGCAGCUACUCCGAACUGGGAAUGAAGGACUUGACCCAAGGUUUAUGCUACUCAGAACUGGGGGUGAAGGAGUUAGCCCAUGGUUCAUGGGUGGAAGGCUGUGUUAUUUGCCGUCAGUACUCUGUUCGUAGACGCUUAAGUAGAUUUAAUUUUUAUUACAGUACUGAGUUGUGUUAGAUGGAAAUCGAUUUUUGUCUUCCGUGGCUAUGCAGGGGUUGAGAGUUCUCACCCCAGCCUUAUGCCGCCUCUCAUCGAAUAGCUUUAUUUGGAGUUCCAUUUUGCCUGCAAGUGUAUGGUCAGAUUCUCUUCAAAUGUUAUAAAAGCCCGGAUCAUAUAA